CUUCACUCUUGAGCCCUAACUUUUCGUAUCCCUCAGUCCUCACUCUCCUCUCCUCAUCAAUCGCCGUGUUUUACAUCUCGUUCCCCGUCGCUAAUGGAUGUUCCACCUCCACCUGAUGAAGAGUCCGAGAUCAGCGAGUCAGAGAUCGAUGACUACUCCCAAAAACCCUACCUGAAACUCCAAACCGGGCAUUACAAGGUUAAGAAGGUGAACGGAACGCUGAGAUGCCCCUUUUGUUCAGGCAAGAAGAAGCAAGACUACAAAUACAAGGAGCUGAUGGCGCAUGCUUCUGGUGUCUCCAAAGGAUCCGUCAGCAGAAGUGCUAAACAGAAGGCUAAUCAUCUCGCCUUGGCUAAGUACUUAGAGACCGAACUUGCUGGUAGUGGUCAUGCAGAGCCUCUUCCACGACGCCCUCAGUUAAAAGAGACAGAACCAAAACCGGGUGAGGUUUACGUCUGGCCGUGGAUGGGGAUUGUGAUGAAUCCUUUGAAAGAAACUGAUGACGACAAGGAGGUUAUACUCGAUUCGGGGUAUUGGUUGAAGCGUCUUUCUAGGUUCAAGCCUGUUGAUGUGAAUGUGUUCUUGGUUCAAAAAGAUUGUGUUGUUGCGGUUGUUGCUGAGUUUAACAGCGACUGGAGUGGGUUUGCGAGUGCGACAGAGCUUGAGAAGGAGUUUGAGAGGGAAGGCUGCAGCAAAAAGGAGUGGGUAGAGAAGAGGGGAGAUUCUGAGUCCAAGGCUUAUGGAUGGUGCGCACGUGCGGAAGACUAUAACUCUGAAGGACCCAUCGGUGAGUACCUCUCCAAGGAGGGGAAGCUAAGAACCGUUUCAGAUAUCUCUCAAGAAAAAGCUGAGGAUAGAAACAGUGUUCUUGAAGAACUCUCGAGUAUGAUCGCUAUGACUAAUGAGGAUCUGAACAAGGUUCAGUACAGUUACAACGAGACGGCUAUGUUACUGAAGAGGGUCAAGGACCAGAAGAAAAACUUGGACGAAGCUUAUGCAGAAGAAACAAAGAAGAUGCAUCAGAUGUCGAUUCGCAGUAUCCAGAAGAUCCUUGAAGAUAAAGAGAGGCUAAGCAAUGAACUGGAAGCAAAGAUGCUGAGACUAAAGAACUGGUCCAAAGAGUUGGAGAAAAAGGAAACACUAACUGAACUGGAGAGACAAAAGUUGGAUGAAGAGAAGAAAAAGAAUGAUGCUAUGAACAUUUCCCUCAAGUUAGCCUCCCAUGAGCAGGAGAAGGCUGACCAGAACGUUUUGAGGCUUUUGGAAGAGCAUAAGAGGCAAAAAGAUGAGGCUAUGGGCAAGAUCCUUGAGCUUAAGACACAGCUAGACACCAGACAGACACUGGAAAUGGAGAUCCAGGAGCUGAAAGGCAAAUUACAAGUGAUGAAGCAUUUGGGGGAUGUUGGUACUGUCAGUGUUUCUGUCAAUGAAGUGGUCGACGAAGAGGAUGAGAAGCUGAAGAAGCUUAAAGGCGAGUGGGGAGAAGAGGUGCACGACGCUGUUAAAACAGCUCUGGAGGAAAUGGAUGAGUAUAAUCCAAGUGGUCGAUACAGCACCCCAGAACUUUGGAAUUUCGAAGCAGGAAGGAAAGCAACAUUGAAGGAAGUGAUUAGUUUCAUUUCCAACGAUAUGAAACCUGUGAAACGCAAAAGAACCUGAAGGAAGGAGGAGGAAGUAGAAGGAAUGGGUAAAGCGUUUAAGUCUUUUAAAAUAACUUAGAAUCAAGGAGCUUAAGUGAUGUAAAAUAAUCAAGAUACUUUUAUAUGCUCUAUGUAACCACCAGACUUAGCUCUUUAACUUGCGUCUUUGAAAGAUUUCGAACAGCUAGUUAUCCAAUGUUUUUAUUAGUAAUGUUCUGUUUUAUGCUU